AUGAAAAAGGGUAUUCAGCGUGACACCGGCGAUGAACCAAUGGUAUCGAUCCCUUUGUCUGCAAAAAGGAACAUUCUUCAUACCUACAUAUCUGGCAAUGGGAAUCCUUGCUGCAUCGUUGAAUAUUUUCUUCCAGUGGACGACGGCGAUGGUCAAGACCUGCGUGAUCAACCUUCUACUUCAACGGCGCCAGAAUCUGCCACGCCUUGGACAUGCUCCAUUCCAAAUGCAAAGAGAAAGAUUCUCAAAAAAAACAAAGCUAGGCGGUCAAUUCCGUCGGCAGCUCAGACAAGAAAAGUUGUUUAUCAUAUGCAAUACAAUGGUUGCAACAAAAGAGGCAAUGGUGCUGCGUCUGUCCAUCUCAAGUGUCAAAACUGCUCUGGUCGCCAAACUGUUUAUUGCGACGCGUCUUACAUCAUGCCAACUAAAUCUGGCUCUUCAUGGAUGAUAAACCCAGAAAAGGUGCAACUCUUUUGGCAUAACGCGAAGAUGGAUCCUCCUGGCGACCAUACGCGUCUUAGCCCCAAAUACGAGCACAAAUGCAGAGGUCUAACGAGGCAAAAAAUCGCCGAAAUUACAUAUGAGUCCGGAAUUCUGAUGAGAAACCGAAAACGAUUCUACCGGCGACAAAUGCGGGAGGAGUUCAAGCAUCGUGACGAACGAGUUCCACUCGUCCCGAAGGUUCUUUCGACUCUGAAUUAUCACAAAAGACUCGACGGCGAAGGGUUUGCGAAUUUACGGUGGCCAUGCGUCGUAACCGAUAGGUUUCUAAUCGUCGCAGAUUUGCUAAUGCUGUCUCGAUUACCUCCAGCAUCAUUCAUUAGAAUGAUGCUGGAUGGUACUUUCACCAUAUCUGGUGAUUUUCGGCAAUGCAUCACGAUCCAGAUAGCAAUCACUGAUGACACUGGAAACACGGAUUACAGAUUGGUUGCCGCCAUUUAUCUCCUCAGUAAGAAGAAGUUGGACUAUGCUGCUGCUUUCUAUGCAUUCUGGCAAGUGUUGACGAGCAUUCACGACUCAAGCGUAAUUAGCACCGUCUUUGCUCAAACUGACGGUGAGAUGUCAUUGUAUCUUGGCGCAGAGAAUGGCCUCAAAAAACACAGCGUCAAUGUUCUUUCAACAAUCUGCCAAGUCCAUCUGGAGCGGGCGCUCUACAGAAACCUCAAGUCCAUCAUUGGCUUUCAAACUACGCCCGCAGCUGUCCGGAUCUUCACGUUCAUGAUGAAAACGAUACAAUUGGUCAGACCGGAUCUCAUUAUGCCGAGUCUUCUGGGAUUAUUCGCUCUUGUCCAGAGGUUGCCAAGAUAUGGACGAAGAAUUUCCCGUUUCUUGCGGGAUUACUGUCAGCGAGUCAUGGGGCAGUACAGAGACAGGUUCUGCUACUACAAAUUACUCCUGUUGGCGAAGAAAGAGCGAUCGUCAGUUUGUUUGUCGACGAAUCCGUCGGAGUCGUUAAACAAUAGCUUGAACAGCCAGUUUCGGGCUAAAUUCAAGAAGCGAAAGGGCAAUUUAGACGAGGACUUGUUGUUGUUAUACGAGUUCAUGGAUGAAUCUGGGCUCAAUUAUUAUCAAGGUCAUGUCGAUAAGCAACGCGAAGAUGAAAACGAUCAGGCUGCGAACCGAGAGGCUUACGUCAGGAAAGUGAUGGACCGAUGCGAGCAAGAGGAAAUAUAUGAGCGUGGCAUGCCCUUUCCGAGAGAAUUUUUCAUGGACCUCGUAAAUUUAGCGCUUGAGCGUUUUGCGGAGAAAGCGCCCGCGCGUCUCACUGCCAUUCUUCGAAAACGAUGGGCACGUAAUCGGCUCGAAGAACGCUUAAAAGAAAUCGAAGAUGGCAAAGUCAAAGCAGCUGAAAUGGACCCGGAAACCGAAGAAGAUCGUCUGGCAGAUGAAGAAAUUGCAGAGAAUGAUGAGCCAUGUGACGUGCCUGUCGGCGCUAUUGAAGAUGAAAUCAUGGCUUCUGGCGAUGAGGGUGAUGAUGGGAUAGAGCUGAACGUAACUCGCGCGAUCGGAUCACUUAAAUUACCCACUACGGUACAGCAUGAAAUGGCUAUGGGCGAUCUUCUUGAAGGAGCUAGGGCGCACAGUGGCGCUGCUGGGCCAAGUCGAAACAGCGACGUAGCGAACGCGUCUCCUGUAAACGGAGCCAAUGAGACGCAAGGUGAUUCGAAUGGAACAAAGGGCAUUGGCGCUGUCGAGCACUCAGCUAACAUGGUGACAGAACAAUCGAAUCCAACGACUGUGAACGGAAUAUGCGACAUUGGCACUGUAGAAACCUCAGCAAACAUGGAGACCGAACGUGCAAAUCCGGAAGCUGCUAACGACACAAAUGGAGACGACCUGCUUCAGCUUGAUUAUAGCAACCCUUUUGAGUCGGAAUCCGACACCGACAUUGAAAUGCCACCAUCAACCGACGAGGAAGAUGACGCAGACGACGGAGAACAAUCGGAAGAGGACUCAAUCGAUUGGGGAUUCAAUGACAAAGUCGACACGGCUCGUCCAUCUAAUCAUAAAACGUCUACCUCGCAAGCCUUGCAGUCUGAGAGCGACCAACGAAAUAAUUCAAGCAGCGGUUUAUUGGAAUCAGGACGAACUCUUAGCGAUUGCGCUAAUCGCGUGGUGAAAUUCGCAAAAGAACCUCUACAAUCGAAAAGCCACGUCGAUGAAUUUCGGGGAGGCCAGAACCAAACGCCGGAAAAUGCUAGUCUAAAACGCAAGCGACAAUCUGUUCAGAAUUUUGAAAGGGAAGAUAACCAGGAAUCCAAGAACAAGCAUUUUCGAUUGGAAUCUUACCCGCCGAUGGCCAAGUUGAGAGGAAAAAAGAAAAAAGGUCAGCUUCGCGAUUUUGACAGACUUGUGGAGAAUCUUGGGGAUGCAGUUGCCGAUGUCGAUCCAUCUAUGUUGACGGACGCAGCAUUCAAAAAAUGGCCAGACAAGCCACUCAAAUUGAAAGAUAAGUUGAGGCACGAGAGGGCAGAAGAAAAGGCGCUAGAAGGAAUCCCAAAGGUGCCAGGGGAUGGGUACGAAAUGGAUGCUACAAUCACGAAGUCGAUGGUUGAUAAUGUGCAAUCACACGAGCAAGCUGAAACUGCCUUCUCGCCGAUCAGAACUCGUAGUCGAAGCAAAGAGGAUAGGCAAAAAUCCAAAAAGAACGAUUCGACAACGCCUACCAAUGAAUUGAGUACAUCACCGACUCCCGGCGAGGACGGUCCACAAAGAAGAAUGUACAAAAUUGUGUUCACAAAGGCGGAACUGAUGAAAUGCAUAACCGAUGCACUCGUGCCACUGCUUCCCUGGGCGAUAUUCGACCUUACGCCAGAUGGGAUAAGUGUACAAUCAGUAGACGACUGCCAAAAUGUUUUGGUGCAAUUAGUCCUCCGCGCAGUAGGAAUGGAAGAAUACUCAAUUGACAAGCCAUACGCUCUGGGCGUUAAGGUAGAUUUGAUGGCAAAAUAUCUCAAAACCGCGUCGAACGACGAUAAAUUGACGAUAACCGGAGACGAUGAGAACGGAAAGAUGGUGAUGAAAUUCAAAUCACCGUACUCCCCGAAUGUAACGAAGUAUUCAAUCAAGCUAAUCGUCUUUGCAGCUGAAAGAUGCAAUAUCUCCACGACUGAAUAUAGCUCAAAAAUCACAAUGCCUUCAUCUCUAUUCGAACAGGCGAUCAAGACACUGUCUGGCGUCGGAGAUGUGGCAAAAAUGACCGUCACUCCCGGAAAAAUUGUCUUCUCAGCAAAGGGCGACAUCGGUGAGGUGGAGACAGAAUUCGAUGAGAAAGAAAAUAACGACCCCAAAAACAAGCUUUAUACGAUCGAAGCUCAGGGUCACAUCGAAUUAAACUACAGUAGCAAAUAUCUCGAGAUGAUGUCCAGGGCCGCAUCCUUGGCGGAUCAGGUCAUGAUGCAACUCAAAGAUGGCGUUCCUAUGACGAUCACAUAUAACAUGAAGGCCGGUUAA